AUGGCUGGCCACUUUGAUUUAAGCUCUCAGGCGCAAGAGGCGAGCCCUUAUGCGACGUUGCCAGGCACAUCACAAGCUGGCUUUGUGCCGCAUAACAUGACGCCGAUGAAGUCCAACCUGGCGCCUGGUAGAGAAAUUGCUGGUUGCAACCCUAGCCGAUGGGUUUACGAACUAUUAAAUAACGACUUCACCGUCUGCGAUUUGUUCGAGCGAGCCCGACACGCGAAGCUAGAGAGCACGUAUACCUGGGACCAUGCCCACAAACUAGUCAUGAAUGGAAACCAAAGCUUCUCAACAGCUUCGUCCCGCGUAUUGUCAUCAAUAUGUCUGGACUGCCACUUUCACUUUGUCUUCAAGAUGACCUGGGAUGAAGCUCACAGUGAUGGCCUGUGCCAUCAGAAUCAGUCAUCAUGGCCACUCCGUGAUGAUCAGUUCCCAUGGCACCACUUGGUGUGGGUAGGAUCCAGCUCUGACCCAGACGUUGCACAGGAUAACACCAAAUAUUGCCCUCUGUUGGCUCGAGAAUAUUUCGUUUGCUCCGCUCCACCUUGUACGUUCCAGCUCACCCUCGAAAUAUCAGAACCUCGCAUGCCGCAGUCUUGGGUGGAGCUUCUAUUGGAUCGAGAGGCUAUUUGCCAGCAGCUGCAGGCAGCAAAGGAACAGGAACCUGGCCGCUAUGAAGCUGCCACCGACGAAUGGGCCUAUCAGGCAACCCUGAAUCUAAACACAUACCUCAAAAAUCUGCUGGAAUCCACCCCAGAGGACGCUAGGAGCAUAUCAAAGAGGAACAAGCGCUUUGCUGUUCUGUUCGGACCCCGAUGCUUUGCCAUGUUUCGCGAGUUGGAAUUCACCGAGAAAGUAGAACUUAGAGACGGUGUUGACGAAGGCUCUUUCACCCCUUCACCUCCCCCACCUGCGGGCGGUCCCUCGGAAACAACUGAAAUAGGCACCUAUCGAUCAUAUUUAGAAGAUGUACGUGCCGAAGUGCAAUGCUUGAUACACAAGGCCGGCCAGGCGGCGGAGAAGCCGACAAUCAUCACGCCAGUUCUACACGCAGAUUUAGGAUGUAAUGAAGUGCCGAAUGCUGCUGCGAAUGCAUUAGUCAACGUGGAGCGAUACAAGCUGAUUGGAGUUCUCCCUAAUCAAACCCGAGAAGCGGUAGUCAAUGCUUACAAACGCCAAUGGGACUUGCUGCCUAGUCGUAGAAGAGCAUUGGUGGACAGCAUCAUGGGCAUUGCUAAUGAUUCCGGAGACGAAUUGCUCUCUGAUUAUGCUAUUACUCAAUCCUCCGUAUUUGAUAACCAAACACAUAGACCCGCGACUAAUGAUGAUGACGGCCUGGUGCCACAAGCACUCAAUUUCUUGGGUUUGCAACCUCCGAAUAACUAUAGCGCAGAUUCUCUGAUUCAAGCAUUUAGACAGAAGCUUGCUCGAGAUCCGGCAGAUGCUACCACUGCACGGUCGAUGCUGCUUCUUAUCGCCCAAAACUCAAACGAUGAUAUGUAUCAAGCUCAACUACUAAUGGAAGCUGAUGCAAAGAUGUCUCUGGAAACGAGCCGGUCAAUCCUUGAACUGAAAGCCGUAGAAGUACCCUGGGAGACCACUUAUGAAGCUGCUAAAAAUAAGAUCGAGGCAAGCAAGAGCAAGGAGGCCACUCAAGUUUUCCUAGAUGCAUUAGAAGCAAUCGCGGAUCAUACAUACUCUCCAGCACUCAAACAAGCAGCGAUGGAGCUCCGACAAGAAAACGGCAUAUACGGGGUCAAAGCUAAGAGUGAAGACGAGCCGGUCAACUAUGCAUUGCCUGUCGGAUUGCACAACAUCGGAAACACCUGCUAUUUGAACAGUCUGCUCCAAUACCUCUUCACUGUCAAGCCAGUACGAGAAAUCGUAUUAAACUAUGACAAUGUUAAACUGGCUCUGGAUGAUGAAAGUAUCAAGGCUCGACUUCUAGGCGGAAACAAAAUGCAGAUGGACCGCGGUGAGGCGGUCGUCGCGCAAGCCUUUGCUAAGGAGCUAUCCGAGCUCUUCCAAAAUCUGAAGGCUUCAAAACGAUCAGCGACAAAACCGUCUCAGCGCCUGGCCAAUGCUGUGCUGUUGUCGACACACACUCUACUUCACAAUACCAAGCAGUCAUCUGAACCGCCAAUCGGACCAAGGCCACCGCCUUUGCCGGCUCGGCCAUCGCCAGCACCACCGACUCAGUCCGUGGAGGACGUUGAAAUGACUAACGGCAGUGUUGCCAAUGCUCUUGAGCCCUCCGAAAUGGCCAGCAAUUCCAGUUCGAGGACAUUGAUCGAUCAAGAGGAUGCCCGUUCCGACCAUUCAUAUGAGAGGGUAGAAACCGUGCAUGUCUCUGGCCAAGCAGAUGGUGACACAGAAGUCCUAUCUAAGACCGAUGACCCUAUGGAUCAGUCCUCCAAAAGCCCUCCACAACCCACAAAGGAAACAAUAACGACUGAAGCCACGAAUGAUGCGCAGGGGAGUUUUCAAGACGUUGAUAUGGCCGAUGCGGAGAUCGAAACCGUAGACCAGAAAGUCUUGAAUGCCUUGGAACAUCAGAAGAGAUCCUCCGGCACCGACCAGCAAGAUGUUGAGGAAGUCAUGGGUAGCAUCAUUAAUCGCCUACAAGCUGCGAUUCAACCGACCUCGGUCGACGAGAAGACUGGCAUCCAGCUCGAAAAGAUUAUGGAAACCUUUUUCGUGACAACGGUCAACUACACCAAGAAAUUCGACGAAAGGGAAUAUCAGUCAGAAAUCAGCUUUGAUCGUUCCAUAACUGCAUUUCCGGCUCCGGAUGGGCCUUGCUCCUUGUAUGACGCCCUGGGGCGCAACUUUGACCAACAAAUACUAGAGGAGAGCAAGCUUUCAAGAUAUACAGCCAUCAAGACUCUGCCUCCUGUGUUACAUGUCCUCAUUCAACGGUCUCAGUCCAUGGGAAGCAAGAACGGCAAUGCUGUAGUCAUCCCAGAGACGUUGUAUUUGGACAGAUAUAUGGAUGCCCCACAUACUUCACCGGUAUUCCAACGGCGCGUAGAAGACUGGGCUCUGUCCGAUCGCAUAUCAGACCUGAAGGUUCAAAUCUCGAAAGUUGACUCCAACCCGACAUAUACAUCAUAUUUAGAGAAAUACGCAGCCGGAGUCUUAGAAACGGAAGUAGCAGAUGGAACUGCAAACGCCGAGUCGGCCGUUGGAGAGGCCCCAGAGAUUGUCGCUGCUCCGGAAGAGAAUUGGGAUUUUGAUGGCCCUGUCGAUGAGGAUUUCCUGCUUGUCACUACGUCAACCUCGACUGGCUCUGAACAGCCGAUACCUCAUGAGCCGAAGCCGUUGAAUAUUCGUGCGAGCGAUGCAGCUAUUCGUCAAAUGAUGGAGGCUGAGCUGCAAAAGCGAGAAGAAACCCUCAAGGAACAUCAAGAAAGUCUAAAGGGAACACCGUAUCGUUUGCAUGCUGUUAUCUGUCAUCGUGGGCAGUUGAUGUCGGGUCAUUACUGGGUAUGGAUACAUGACUUUGAGGAGAACACUUGGAGAUGGUACAACGAUGCCGACGUGAAGGAGAAUAAAAACACUGCGGAGGUCCUGGAGACUCUGAGUACAAGUGGCGAGCCAUAUUUCCUGUGCUAUGUCCGAGAUGAAGACAAAGCCGAGUAUGUCAAUAUUCCAAAGCGACAGCCGCCAACACCUCCCUUAGAACUGCAAGAGAGUCCCGCAUCAAAGAUGGUGACGGAUAAGGACGGAGAUAUUGACGCCGUCGCCGAAGUGGUGGCGCCCGUCAUUGAAGGGAUCGAACCCCCGGGUGAUGAAACAGACCCUGGGUACAAGAAAGGGAACGAUGAUCCGCAAAGAAUGCAGGAAUAG